AUGAAACCCCCCAACCCCAAGGAUCCCAGCGGCAGUGCCGGAUCCCGACCGGCCGCAGCCGCUCAGCCGUCGAGCUCUGAGUACCGGCAGAUCAAAGCACAGUGGGCCAAUGCGCAAUUGCUUGCGGAGGAAGAGGAGCGGAACGCGGCGCGGGCGCGGAUGCUGGAGGCCCGGCGGAAGACGAGGCAUGGCGCGGCGAGUGAGGAGGAAUUGAUAAAGGCUGUGAGACAGAGGGAUGUGCAGCGGAAUAAGGCGAAGGAGAAGGGGUUUAAGACUGUGCAUGGUGGGGUGUUGGGCUUGUUCGGCUGGUUGAUGUUUAUUCAUCUGGUUGGGAUAUUCUUUUUCACGAAAGGGUUCUUGCUCACUCGAUUGGUAUUGGACACCAAGUCUGAGUGUUCGGUGCUCCCGUUUGACACCGCUGAUUCUAGCAUACGUUCCGGUGCGGCCGACGAGGGAUGCUGGCAUCCAAAAUCGUUUGAUAAAGCCGUCGUCGUCAUCAUCGACGCUCUUCGGUACGACUUCACCGUUCCUUUCCAUCCCACCGUCGAGGGAAAAGAAGCACAGCUGUUCCACCAUAACAUCCCCGUCCUCUACGAAACGUCCGUCCAAAAGCCUAACAAUGCUUUCCUUCUUCCGUUCAUUGCGGAUCCGCCGACUACGACAUUGCAACGCCUCAAGGGACUCACGACUGGAACACUGCCUACAUUCAUAGAUGCGGGCUCGAACUUUGCUGGUACUGCGAUCGACGAGGACAACAUAGUGGCUCAGUUAUGGAGCAUGGGCAAACGAGUCGUGCAAUUGGGCGAUGAUACGUGGCAGGCGCUGUUUCCUGGCUAUUUUGAAACGAACCUUACACAUGCCUACGACUCAUUCAAUGUUUGGGAUCUGUUUACCGUUGACAACGGGGUGACGGAGCAUAUCUUCCCACUUUUGCAAGCUGAGAAUGUGACAAAGUGGGACGUUAUCUUUGGGCAUUACCUUGGUGUUGACCACGCGGGGCAUCGAUAUGGACCAGACCAUGAAGCAAUGGCCGCAAAAUUGAAAGAGAUGGACGGUGUGAUACGACAGCUCAUGGAAGACAUUGACGAUAAUACUUUGCUCGUCGUUAUGGGUGAUCACGGAAUGGAUUCCAAAGGUGACCACGGCGGCGAAUCUGAUGACGAGGUGGAAGCAGCUCUGUGGAUGUAUUCCAAGAGGAAGCUUUUCGGUCGCACGAGCAGCAACUCUGUCGAACCCCCGAAAACCGCAAAGGAACGCCCCGUUCCCCAAAUCGACUUGGUUCCCACUCUAUCUUUGCUGCUCGGUCUACCAAUCCCGUUUAACAAUCUUGGAUCACCGAUCGAAGAGGCCUUCGCCGGGCCCGAUGGUAAGGAUUGGAGGAACUUAGUUGCUGUUAACAGGCUUGCUUCUGCUCAGAUCGAACGGUAUCAACAUGAAUACGCACUUGCACGCGGGUUGGACCAAAGCCAUACAUCAGGCCCAUUAUCCUUGUGGUAUCAAGCCGAGGAAAGAUGGAAGGCAACCAAGAAUAUCAAGGAUUCAAACUCUGCUACACUUCGGGAAAUCUACGAUGGCUAUCGUGAGUAUCAGAAAGAUACUCUCAAUGUUUGUAAAGCUCUCUGGGCUAGGUUCAAUGUCCCAAGCAUGAUCUUGGGAAUUGGGAUCUUGACUGCUGGUAUCGCAAUCUUGGUGUACUAUGCUCGCGCCAUUCGAGGAGAUCGAACAGAUAUUACUUUCCCAACCCUGAAACGGAUUGGUAUCGCGACUGCAGUUGGUGUUUUGGGAGGCAUAGGCUCGACAGUACUGUCUCUUUUGCAAAUGCCGCUUAUUGAAGGCGCGGCACUCGGAGCAGCAGUUGGAGGUCUUCUUGCCGCUUUCUCGACUGUGCUAUGGGUGCCAAAGCGAAUCCAGUCCCCGCUGCCGCAGUCUCUGUGGAGCUGGCUGGCCGUUAUCUUCACAGUUGCUCAGUCUGCCGGCUUUGCUUCGAAUUCGUACACCAUUUGGGAGGAUCAAAUCCUUUUGUUCUUUCUCUCUACCUUUGGCGUAUUGGCUGCUGUCUCUUCUCUCAGGCAGAAAAUUAAAGAAAACGCAGUCCUCGGUUUGUAUCACUCCCUCCUUUUUGUUGUCCUGGGCAGAAUUGCUUCUCUCUCUCGACUUUGUCGGGAAGAGCAAAUGCCUUAUUGCAAGUCGACGUACUAUGCUUCAGGUACAUCAUCGACGUCGGCACCAUGGCAGCUCUUGAUUCCUUUUGCCCUAUCGCUUGUUCUUCCCUCCGUCAUCCGGUCCUAUUAUCAAGGAACGAAAUCAUACGAGGGAUCAGCCAUCUUCUGGAUAGGAUUUGCUUUUCGCAUGGGACUCCUUUUCUUGGCAAUGUACUGGAUGCUAAACGCAGCCGAUGAUGGGAAUUGGCUUGUUUUACAGUCUGGUAUGAUUAAGACAACCAAGGUUGUUUUGGCCCAGAUUGUGCUUGCUAUUGCAUUUGCCGCCGGGACGACGACCUUCGUUUGGGCCAAGCCUUGCGUUAGCAUUGCAAUGACGCCGAGGGUGCAGCCCAGCCCCAAAACGUCUGUGACAAUCUUUGGGUACGCCAAUAUUUAUGGAACCCGAUUCUUUAUUCUCGUGAUCAACUUUGCACUCGCCAUCAUUCUCUUGCAGAAGCCAAUGGGCGGUGGCACAAUUGCGCUUCAGAUAUGGCAAAUCCUUUCCCUCCUCGAAAUCCUUGACACCAACGGUCUCACCACCAGCAACUCCUCCAUUGGACCCAUCGUUCUCGCCAUCCUCGGCUCGUUUCACUUCUUUACAACUGGUCACCAGGCUACACUCAGCAGCAUCCAGUGGGACAGUGCCUUUAUCCCCCUCAACACCGUUCGAUACCCUUGGUCCCCGAUCCUAAUCGUUCUUAAUACUUUUGGCGCGCAAAUCCUAUCUGCUGUUGCUACUCCAUUAACUACUCUAUGGAAAAGACCUAUCGAUUCUCGCGGACCUGAAGGUGUAAAGGAUGCUGAUGAUACCCCGGGAAAAUCUACGAAACGCCUUGUAGCGGACGUUGCACAAGCAGCCGCGACGCAUACCUUGUAUUAUGCGACUGUCAAUCUGGCCACAACCAUAUGGGCUGGUUGGCUAAGAAGGCAUCUUAUGCUUUACCGGAUCUUCUGCCCAAGGUUUAUGAUGGGCGCCGCAGUGCUUGUUGUCGUGGAUAUCGUUGUGCUUUGUUUCGCUGUUGGCGGAGUACGAUGGAGCACUAUUAGUGUAGGGGAAGUGUUUGGAUGGGGGUGA